GAUCUAAUAAUUUCUCUAUGGAAUGGAAUGGAAUGGAUCAUUUGGAUCAAGCAAAAUCAGUAAAACUCAGGAAUAUUUUAUUUAGUUUAUCAUUUAACAAGUGAAUCAUGUGGUUUACUGUAUCAAUGUAACACGUUUUAAUGAAUUGGUGCUAUUCUAGUGGGAACAAAUAAUUAUUUAUUCGAUAACUAUAGGAACACUUUCAACAUGAGCUUUUUAUUUGGGAGUCGUUCCAACAAAACAUUUAAACCUAAGAAGAAUAUCCCAGAAGGCACACAUCAGUAUGACUUGAUGCGACAUGCAGCAGCCACGCUCGGUUCUGGUAACCUCCGCCUUGCGGUGAUGUUACCUGAAGGGGAGGACCUCAAUGAGUGGGUUGCCGUCAACACCGUGGACUUCUUCAACCAGAUCAACAUGCUGUACGGCACCAUCACAGAGUUCUGCACGGAGGAGUCGUGCGCCGUGAUGUCGGCGGGGCCCAAGUACGAGUACCACUGGGCAGACGGGCACACCGUCAAGAAGCCUAUCAAAUGCUCCGCGCCCAAGUACAUCGACUAUCUCAUGACGUGGGCGCAAGACCAGCUCGACGACGAAACUCUAUUCCCCUCUAAAAUAGGCGUGCCCUUCCCCAAGAACUUCCUGCCGAUGGCGAAGACGAUCCUGAAGCGUCUGUUCCGCGUGUACGCGCACAUCUACCACCAACACUUCCCCGAGGUAGUACAGCUCGGGGAGGAGGCGCACCUCAAUACCUCCUUCAAACACUUCAUCUUCUUCGUGCAGGAGUUCAACCUGAUCGAGCGACGUGAGCUGGCGCCGCUGCAGGAACUGAUCGAGAAACUCACUGCCAAGGAGGCGCGAUGAGGGGCGCGGACAGGGGCGCGGCGGCGGCGGGGGCGGGUACUGGUCGGCCGCAGUGUUGACUGCUUCCUCGAUCGAAGCUAAAGUCGCAUUAUCGACGAUUAUGAUUAUUUGCUAAUUCUGUAUAGUAAACACUUUGUUUCGUUGUCACGUCGGCGCCGCGGCGUGCUGCUAGAGUGCUAGGGAACUGUUUGUGAUAUGAGACUCGGACCGUUUACUGGCCGGUGGGCCUCGGUCGGGACUGGCCUGGCUACGGUAGGUACACAGAUACGGCCUUCCUAUACAAUAAGGUUUAUAUUUAGAUACAAUUAAACUUUGUACUUUAGUUUUGAUACAUGAAGUAUAAUGAUGGUAUAUUAAGGAAACACUUUGUAAAAUGUUUGCUACACAUAUAACGACACAUCACGACGCUUACAUUUGGCCCCAGUAAUGUCAGGUCGCUGGGUGCGGACUGUCGGAUGUAUGGUUGUAUAGCCGCAAACUGCUGUGCGGUAUCGUAAGUUAUUUAUUCGUUUCAGUGACAACACUGCUGCAAUAUUUAAUUUUAUUAGAUUGAAUCUUGUUUUCGUGCACGCGACUCUAACAUUUAUCAUUAAUGAAUGCUAUUUUAAUCUCCAGUAGUAUGAAAUAAGAGUUAGAUAUAUUUUGUGCAUUUAAUAAUUUCAUUUCGUGUUCACAUCAAUCUAUUGCGACUGACAAGUGUAAUGUAUAAAUUAGACAAUUUCCGAAUAAAACGAAAGUUUUUAUAA